AUGGGCCCUCCCAAUGGCGAGCAUGUUAAUGGCGGUAACACGAACCUAUUACCACAAAUCCACGAAGCCCUCAACUUAGUCCAUGGACCAUAUUCCUCGAAUGAGUCGCGGCGACAAGCGGGCAUUUUCCUCGAAGAUCUCAAGAGAAACGACGAAGCUCCAUAUCACGGCUUCAAUCUCGCCUCGGACAAAACCCAACAGCCUGUCGUGCGCCAUUACGCGCUCUCGCUCCUCGAAUUCGCACUCAGAUACAAAUGGGCAGAAUAUUCAGAGGAACAGGCGGACACUCUGAGACGGUGGGUGCUGCAGCUAUCACAGAAUGUCUCCCAAGAGGAUCCGCAGUACCUGCGAAACAAGACGGCACAAUUAUGGGUGGAAAUCGCGAAGAGGAGCUGGGCGGCAACUUGGCUUGAUAUGGAUGAGCUGCUUGUCCAAUUAUGGAAUAUCCCUGGACAAGUCGUGCAUAAAGAGUUCGUCCUCUUCGUUCUCGAGACACUCUCGGAAGAGGUGUUCAAUGGCGAAGAUACGGUUGCCAUAAUGCGGGAAGGAGUUCUCAGCAAAGCUUGCGUUGAAAUUUUUACGCCAGCAAUUGUGCUAGCAGAAGCAUUCCCCAAUCGUCAGAUUGAGAACACCGUAAGAUAUGGAGAAGAAGGUUGGUUAGUGCGACUAGGUGAACUACUCAGUCAAUGCUUGAAUACCGACCUAUACAACAAUUCCCAGUACCAAAAUUGUGCGGUAAGAGCUCUAGCGGUUUACAAGUCUGUCAUGCCAUGGGCCAUACCUCGAGCCAUCAACAGUGCCUCUUGCGUUCAUCAUAUGUGCAAAAGUCUUGCUGCGUCAAGUGUUGCUGUGCAGCUGGCGUCUGUCGAGGCUCUUCAUUCUCUGUAUUGUCGAAUGAACUUUUCUGAUGAAGAGUUCCUGACUUUGGUGUGUCCAAUGUACAAAGGCGAAAUGGUUGAAUUGCUGCAGAAACUCUAUGACUGGUCCGUGGUUGAUGCGAACAAUGUUGACGAUGAGAAAUACCUAUUUGCUAAGAAAUUUUCCGAGAUGAUUUCCAAUCUUGGUAGUUUAAUCGAGCAGAAGAAUUCUGCUAUACCCGAAGAUUGCGAUCUUCCUAAUCUACUAAAUCUUUUCCUUGCCAUCACACAGAGCCAGAGCUUUGUUGUUUCAAUACCCCUUUUAGUUACUUGGACACGAUUGUUGCGCUCCGAAACGAUUGGUGGCUCCCCCACCAUGUCUCCUUUAAUCGCACCACUUCUAGAGCUUUGCAGCUCACGCUUAAUUCGAUAUGAUAGCAUGCCUGAUGACACAGACGAUCCUUCCUUUGUUCUCUUAUUAGAAGAUAUAGAUACUAUUCCUGAGAGACACGCGUUUCUAGGGAACUACAGACGUUAUAGCACGACGAUUAUCGAGCUCAUUGUUCGACAAAAGCAAUCAGAGGCGAUAUACCAUAUAUUAGGACAGAUUGAUAAUUCAUUGCAGCACUUGUAUGAUGGACAGCCUUCUUUCAACUCCGAAAAAUACUCCAAAACUUCCGUUCCAGUCCUACGGGUUGACGCACAUUUCACAGUUGUGGAAGCGGCAUUGAAAGGUUAUAUGAAGUGGCGGUCCGUCCAUGGAUCAAAGUUGCGAGAAGAUGACCAGCAACGUGUAAGUAUCGAAAACAACCUCGAGACAUGGUGUGAGAGACUGUUGGCACUGAAUUUUGAGGACCCUCUCAUUCGCAAAAGAGUGUUGCAACUUGCUGUGGCUUUUAGCACUUCUGCGCUGGACAAGAAAGCUGGCUUUAUGCUGAAAGUCUUAGAGCACAUAUUAAUGAGCCAACCUGUCGAACAUCCUGAGCACGCCGCUUACUCGGAGGCUGUGAAAGAACUCCAAGUAGAUGGCACGUAUGAGCUGCAAAUUUUAGCUUCUAAGAUGCCUGAUCAACUUCUGGAUGUUUAUGAACAAAUAGAAGCAAAAGUGAAAGAAAUUAUCGCGUCUGGAAAAUUGGAUUCCAAGCGACAAGUCUCAUACCAAACUUUCUUGUUUACCAUCAUCCAUCGUGCGGCGAAUGUUACCCCAGAAGUCCGGUUGCAGAAGUUACAGGGCUUUAUAGACCCCGUUCAACAACUUUGGCUAAAUCCCGCCUUGGAGACCUCCAUUUCUACUUUCCCUGGAUUUUGUGAUCUUCUUGGAUUGAAUAAAGUUCAACAGUAUCUGACAUCUCAUCGUGUACAUGAAAUCCAGAAUUGGGCUCAAUACACAUUGGAUCCGGAGGGACAGGCUAUCCAAGCAGAACUUGAAGAACGGCUGAAGGCUCUUCCUUUGCGGACAACUAAGAGCUUCUUAGCAUGUUCCACAGAGAAAGUGGAGAAAGACUCGGAGGCUUAUAGGGUAUCUCGAAUGUUGUGGCGAGAACGCUUGCCUGUCAUUUUGCCGAACCUUUUACAAUUUCUCAACCACUCUCACGCUUUCCACAAUCCUUCAAAUUGGGCAGGUUUACCCCCUGAGAUGCAGGGUCUGGUUAGCCGUAUCCUUACCGAUCGAUUUUGGCAGGCCGGCAUCUCAGAAGGCACGAAAGACGAUUUUUAUGCUAGGGUUUCUGGCACAAAGACUACAAUGGAAGGUUUUGCUUCGUCCAUUCGCGGCUCGGUUCGCACUGUGAGAGAAGCCUGCUACUCCAUUCUUUGGUGCAUGAGUCGAUUAGAUGUGGACUUCUAUGGCUUUAGUCAACUUCCGGGACCACUUGCUAACUCGCUCUUUGCUGAUGCACAUUGCUUAUCAUCACAUCAACUGAUUGCUCUAUUAAAUGUGGUUCGAUUGAUGGUCGAUGAUUGUCCGGUUGAGGUUAGGAGCCAUUUUGUUCCUCCUAUACUAGCGGCCUGUUUCACCCAGAUGGAUGCAAAAAUCAGUUCUGAAUGGGAAAAACUUGCGCAACGACAAGUCAUCCAGUCAGAAAGCGAGAGUCUGACGGAUGAGAUGAAAGAGGAAAGUAUAUUGCGCCAAUUGACACAUGCUGCCGUAAUGAUGAUCGGGGGUUUCCUAGACCCAGCACGACCAAACCCGCAAGCAGUACCAAUAACCAACAAAGAAGCAUCGACUUAUGUUGCUGAUAGCAACCCAGCAUCAUCUUAUCCAUCCAUGCGCAAAUUUUGCCUAACUUCUUCCACCAUUCUCGAACCUCUCCUCCUCUUUCUGGCACACGCAAUCCGUAUGCGCGACAGUCGCUGCUGCGGUGUCGUCCUUCGCGUUUACCGCUCCAUCAUCCCUGAUUUCACCGCCACUACAGGCAAUGUCGCCUUUUCCCAAUCCAUUCGCGAGUUCAUCAGCGAGGAGGUCCUCAAAUCCUGUAUCGCGUCCUUGAAUGAAACUUACUUCGUUGACCUCCACAAAGAACUCGCGCAAACCAUCGCCGCGAUCCUAACCUGCUACUCCCCUCUCACCAACACGCCCCGUAACAUCCUCCUCAGCCUCCCAAACAUUCAAGAAAAAGCAGUCGACAAAACUCUCGAGUAUAUCACUCGACCGAACGUGCCACAACGUCAACAACGCGGUGCCAUUCUAGACCUGCUCAAGGAUUUGAAAGGCGUGAGUAUCAGUGAACAAGGCCGAAUCACGAAAUCCGUGGCGAGCGUCAGGAAGGAGAGGAGCAAAAUGCAACAGGAGUUCCUAAAGGAAGCUCCUAGGAAUGAACCUAGAGGUCCUAGUCCGAGUCUGGAGGGGGUGGCGGGGAUGUUUGAGGAGAGGUGA